AUGCGCUCGAAAUCUGUCGCUCAACAUCGUCCUUCUCUAUACGCCAAAGCUGCCCGGAUUUCUGCACCAUGCUCAGGAGGAGUCAAGCCGCCUCACCGCUAUCGCCCAGGAACUGUCGCUCUCCGAGAGAUUCGACGCUAUCAGAAGUCAACGGAACUACUCAUCCGCAAGGCACCAUUCCAACGGCUUGUCCGGGAGAUAGUUCAAGACUAUAUGACCGAAUUACGCUUCCAAACUUCUGCUUUUUUGGCAAUGCAAGAAGCCUCGGAGGCUUACCUGGUUGAGAUUUUCAAGUUGUCAAAUCUUUGCGCCCUCCACGCCAAGCGAGUGACAAUCAUGCCAAAGGAUAUUCAACUUGCCAGAAGAAUUCGAGGAGAGCGAUUCUAG